UUCUCGUUAUUCUUCUAUUCUAUGGUCGUGAUUUUUCGUGAUGAUGAACGGGGUGUCCCCCAAAAAGUAUAUAAGAUACCGGCGCGUUUGUAACCGUAGAUGAGUGAUUGUCGUUUUGUUGGGCAUAGUCUGCGUUUUUAUUAUGAGACCGAUUAUUUUGAUACUGGCCCUGUUGGGUUUCACGAGGGCGAGACCCCAGUUUCAGAACGCGUUCAGACAGCUACAGCAGCAAUUUACUCAGCCAUUCGCUGCCGGUGGUCAGCUACAACAGCAGCAGCAAAUUAGGGCGUCACCAUUCGCCGUUAUACUUAGAUAUAGCGCCGACUUGGCUCAGCCUACUGGUUUCCAAUAUGUGUACCAACAAAGCGAUCAACAACAGAACGCAGUAAUAGGAGAAAUCAAGAACAAAGACACCCCCGAUGAAUCCCUUGCCGUCGAAGGUCAAUAUUCCUAUGUAGGGGACGAUGGAAAACAGUAUACCGUGCACUACACCGCUGACGAAAACGGUUUUCGACCUACAGGAGAGCACAUUCCACCAGCGGCAGAUACUAGCAGAAAAUUAGGAAUUCCAUCUAGCGCCCUCGCUUCCCUCAAUGGAGGCGGUAUUGGACGUUAAACAUACAAAUUCGUUGUAAAUAGAUAAUUUAACGUUAA